AUGGCUGCCACUCACAUCUCGUCGCCACCUCUGCCCGGCGCCAAUGGCGCUGUAAAGCAGCCUCCUUCGACUCUAUACGCGAAUACAGACAGCGCUGUUCGGAUCAAGACACAAGAGGAUGACGAUGACGCCAACACUAACCGUCGGUCGAUAUCUAAACCACUACGCUUGGUGACAAGUCAGAGCACAAAAGACAAGGAACGAGACACCAAGAGCGCCUCCCGCUUAGAUCCUCUUAGCACGCAAAUCUACCUCCGCACAAAUAACCACCCCGAACCUACCAUCGCCCAAAGAUUUCGAAGCGCCGGCCGCCCAGAUAGUCCCAACCCAGAGAGCGUGGGCCGAAAAAGCCACGAUCUAGUCUCAUCAUUUACACUAGGCGACGCAAAGGAUAAAAAGAAGGGCUCCUCCUUCCUCUCCCGCGCCUUCCGCGGCAACUUUCGCAAGGAUGACGAUGCCGACUCUGGCUCAGAAAUGGACGAAUCCAGAACUGAGGGUAGCAGCGCCAAGGCUUUCACAUCCUCACUGAUGAGCGAUGGCGGCGGCUUCAUCCCCCAGUAUAAGGAACCCGCUCGCUAUAUCCGCGUCAAGACACAGCACAAGAAGCAUCGCACGCAUAACCACUUGUUCCUCGCCCAGGAGCUCACGACAGCGAAAGCGCCUCUAUCAAAGCGUGAUAGUGUGGCUACCGCCGUUGGAAGCAAGCUUAUGAAAGGCGGUGAUGCCAUCUGGGCUGCAGAAUUCAGCAAUGACGGACGUUACUUGGCUGUUGGUGGCAAGGACCAGAUUGUCCGCGUCUACGCCGUCAUAACGACACCCGAGGAACGACGUGCCUUUGAAGAGGCAGAAGAGACAGAUAGCGACCGCACAAAGGAUGAGCAGCUAAGCGCCCCCGUUUUCCAGACGACGCCUAUUCGUGAAUACACCGGACACACUGGCGAAGUCUUGGCAAUCAGCUGGAGCAAGAACAACUUUUUGCUUACAUCCUCGAUGGACAAGACCGUUCGACUCUGGCACUUGAGUAGGAAAGAGUGUAUUGGUGUCUUCAACCACGAUGAUCUCGUAACUUCGAUUGCCUUUCACCCUACCGAUGACCGCUUCUUCCUUGCUGGCUCCCUCGACUCGCAACUUCGUCUCUGGAGCAUCCCCGAUAAGUCUGUUGCCUUCUCUGCGCCCACAAACGUCUUCAUUACCGCAGUGGCCUUUUCCCCAGAUGGCAGAACUGCGAUUUGCGGCUUGUUGACCGGCCUUUGCCUUUUCUACGAAACGGACGGGCUCAAGAACCAAACCCAGAUUCAUGUUCGAUCUUCUAGGGGCAAGAACGCCAAGGGAAGCAAGAUCACCGGCAUUCGCACCAUUGUACCAUGUGGUGGCGACGCCGAUGAUGUCAAGGUACUUAUUAGCUCCAACGAUUCCCGUGUCCGCAUCUACAACCUCAAGACCAAGAUGCUCGAGGUCAAGUUCAAAGGUCUCGAGAACCAAUCUAGCCAGAUCCAUGCCCGCUUCAGCGACGACGGCCGCUUCAUUUCCUCUGGAAGCGAGGAUAGCAAAGCCUACAUUUGGAGCAUGGACAAUUUGGAUGCUGAGCUCAAGGACAAGCAGCCAUACGAGUACUUUGAGGCGAACCCCGAGGUUGUCACUACCACGCUCAUCGCACCAACCACCACCAAGAUGCUACUUAGCGCUUCUCAGGACCCCAUCUACGAUCUCUGCAACCCUCCUCCAGUAACUCUUCUUAGCUUGGGCGAAGCCGCUGCUAGCCAGAGCGCACUCUCCGAUGGUGGCAACACUGAGGGCGGUCAGAGCGUCCGCCGACAAGCUGAGAGCCCGGCAUAUAUUCAACGAUCGAAGCACAAGGAGGGCAACAUCAUCAUUACCACUGAUCGCACGGGUACCAUCAAGGUCUUCCGCCAAGAUUGCGCGUACGCUAAGCGCCACUCCAAUCUCUGGGAGACCAGCUCCAAGUUCUCUAGCAAGGCAGCAGGCAUUGGCCGCAGCGGCAGCAUAGUCACGAGAAACAGUGCCUCGUCACGCGUUAACUCUCGCCGAGGCUCCAUGAGCAUGGCCAACAGCCCUGCGACGGCUCAGGCAGACCUCAUCAACAACUGGAGACACGACGUAGAGGGUCGCCGCCGAAGCAACAGCGGCACCCCUUCUCGCAGUGAAAGAUCACUUUCGCCUUCCAAAGUACCGCGUUCUCCCUUGAAUCUGUCAGCAUCAAACUUGGCCUCCGAGGCUCGCAAGCAGCCCUACCUGGUCAACACUGGCGCCGGUCUCCCUAAGAGCGGAUCGGCACCUCUGCCUAGUGGCCGUCCAAAGCUACCACCCAUUCAGGGCAGUGUUGCCAAUAUCCAUCGACAGGACUCUCAACCACCUACGCCUAGCUUUAGCUUACUCAGCGUCUCGUCGUCAGAGGGCGGUGACGACAAGAGCCCCGGCGGAUUUUGGAACAUUGGCCGUUGGCGUGGUAUGUCUGGCCUUCGCAACGUCACGACAGUUUCGGCAACCAGCAACGGUAGCGGCAAAGGAAGCCAUUCGCGAAACCCAAGCGAGUCGCACCCAGACAAAGCACGCACUCGUCAGAGCAUGAUUGUUCCCGACUUCAAAAUGAUUUCGGCUACAGAUGAUGACCGCCGCAAGUCAACGGGUCCCAUGCUUGCUCCCAAGAAGGUCGUCGUGGAGGAUGACGACGAGGAUGAAGAACAACCCCAGCUGAGGGUUGGAAAAAGACGCCCAGUCUCGCCCAGCAAGCGCCGCACCGACUCUGGUCUCGGACAGCUGAGCGAUGAAUCUGACGCAAGCGACUAGAGGGAGGACGCAAGUCGAAUUCUAUGUAUAUGACAUUGGCGCAACUGGAUAGCGUGCAUUUGAGAUUCACAAUGACGCGCAGACGCAUAUCUUGCUUUCUCUUUUUUGUUCGGAAGCUUUUUUAUUUUUGGAUAUACCUAUUUCAUUUGGCGCAUGGAUUGUUUUGGGUUUUUUUGCAUAUCUCCUUUGGAAAAAGAAAAGGAUGGCGUGGACUUGAUUUA